AUGGGUUUUGGACUGGUCUACAUGGGCUUCUUCCUAAUCAUGAACUCAAAGAUCGUCCAGUCGACAUGUAACUCAAGUAGUUUUAUAGACGAUAUGGAACCUGAUUCUCCCAUUGAUAUUGUUGGAGAUGAAGGGCUGUGGAAUUUUCCUCUUUCUGACCACAAUAACACACUAGGGAAUACUUCCACGGCAAGUGCCUGCAAUUUCACCAACGAGGCUAACGAUUGGUUUGUGGACGUUAAAACUGCUCAAAAAGAAACUCCACGUUGGCGCGUCACAUAUAAUCAAGUAACGUUUGUUAUACGGGGAAUUUAUUUCCCAGUGAUCACUACACUGGCCUUAAUUGGGAACGCCCUGACCGUGUCAGUACUACGAAAAGACGUACUUAAUUCAAGUUCAACAGCAUAUCUUCUAGGCUUAGCCGUGGCAGACCUACUUUUUGCCAUCUUCUUUGCCCCCACUAUAUUCAGAGUCUAUCUUUCGGCCAUGCCUUUAAGAUCUUUUCAAACCUUCUAUGCUUUCUAUGCAUCGUACUUUUUGCCACUGGUUAAUACAUUUCACACUGCAGCUGUCUGGGUCACCACUGCAUUCACUAUAGAACGCUUCGUCGCCGUGGCUAUGCCAAUGAAAGCACAGAAAUACUGCACCAAAUCUCGGGCCAAAAAAGUCGUGGUCGCCGCAUUCGUCUGUGGAAUUUCUCUAAAUAUUCCACGAUUCUUUCGCCGAUCCGUCGUACCUUUGACAGACCCGGUGACGAACGAAACUUAUUACACCCACAAAUUGACCAGUCUUGGAGUAAAUGAGCAAUUUGAACAAGUAUAUUUCUGGAUUUACUUUCUGGCAACGAAAGUUAUCCCUUUCCCUUUGUUGGCGUCUCUGAAUUUUGCGGUUCUCUGGCACGUCUGGCGUGCUAGAUGGGAUCGAGUUCGCCUCACAACGAAACAAGACUCUCGCGAGGAUACCGGCAAAUCACGCGAGAACCAAAUUACGCGCAUGCUGAUUAUGAUAGUGACGGUGUUUCUCGUGUGUAAUGCAACCGCUGGGGGCGCCUCUCUCUAUGUGGCGUUGUAUGGACUAAAGACGCUCUACAUCAAUCAGAACCCGGCAGAAUUCUACAUGUUUUCUAUGGGCGAGGCUCUGAUCAACACAAACCCCCUUGUUAACUGUGUCCUUUAUGCCGCUUGUAGCCAAACCAUGCGGAAAGAACUCCUACAUUUAUUCUGUCCAAAGAUGAAGUACAGACCAUCUCUCAAAACAACGUCCCUAACCCAGGAAACAAGAGCAGAUGAGGAAUCGGAAAAACAAUGA